CUUGCUUCGAGCGAUCAUGUCUUUCGGACGGCCACCCAGCAUCUCGGGCAGCUUUCAAGCAACACCACCUGAUAGAGGGUCGUUCCCACUCGACCACUAUGGUGAAUGUAAGGACCACAUGAAAGUGUACCUUGACUGUCUGCGCAAGAAUGCCAGUAAUUCUACACCAUGUCGUCAUCUGAAUCGCGACUACCUGGAUUGUCGGAUGAACCGUGGGCUGAUGGAUAGGGACGAGUGGAAGAACCUUGGAAUGAGUAACGUAGAUUCUAAGGCUUCGGCGACCAAGGACGACCCGCACGAUGCUUCUGUCAAGGCAUCGCCGUCGUCUUAG